CCUCCACCGUUUCCUGUCGCUAACGUCACAUUUCUUAGUAUGCUUGCUGUUUUUAGGUGAAUGGAUUUUGUCCCAGACGGUUCUUCUCCCAAUCACCAAUUUCCAUCCUCUUUGUCCCUUACUUUCCCUCCCGACCUUCGUGUUUUCAUAAGCAGAGAUUUAAUCUGGGAUUAGGCAUCCAUGAAGAGUUACAUAAAAUCUGUGUGCUAAAUCCUCAAAUAAUAUGACGGGAUUAGAGCCCCGAGUGUGUGUGGUUUGAUGGGAAAGGGAGGAGAAACCAGUAAAAGUGGGUGGAGAUAUGACAGCGUCGAGCCAAUCCAAGCGGGAUAAUCUUGCGAUGGAAAGUCGGUUGGAAAAGGCGUCCAUGUGUGUCGAUUGACAAUCACAGCAGGGACUCCAGCUGUCCUGAUGGAGGGCUUGUCCAAACAAGUGUUGGCAGGAUGUGCGUCCCUUCAGCUCAGACAGCACACCAGUCCACUCUUCCAGAUGUCUGAUGAGGGUAUUAAAGGCUAAAUCCAAGUUGCCUUACGAUGUGCACCUCCUUUGGCUCUUGUGUUUUGGAAAUCUUUUUAGACCAGGCAGAACCAUCUUCUUGACUUUCGAGAGUGGAUUUAUUUGUCACCAAAGGAGGAUUCUUUUUCCAGAGUUGAUUCUCACCUGGAUAUGAUGCGUCCACCAGAAACAAUUUGUCAUUUUUUGUCCUGAGAAAAUCGUCUGUCUUUGGAGCCGGUGCAAGUUCACUCCAGGAUCUCCCUCGCAGCGAUGAUGUUCUGCACCACCUUCCUGUCCGCUCCCUCGGAAGAGCUCGGCGGCGAAAGCGGCGGUGGAGCGGGAGCCGGCGGCAGGGGCUUGGGCCCGGCUAGCUGCUUGUCCACCUUGCACUGCUUGGUUCUCCCCCAGGAUGAACUUUACCCGGGUCUCUCGGAGCCCUCCUUCACACAAGUGCGAGCUCACAGCUUUAUCGGCGACAUGCUGCUAGACGUCAGGGGGGGCGCAUGCCACGAUCGAGAUAGUGGGGGUAUUUGGGACAGGGUGAGGAGGAGACGCAGUCGCUCCGCUUCGCCUUUACCCAGCAAAACACCAAAAAGUCCUUGUAGUGACAGUUUGAAAGGCCCCACGCUGCCAAUGGCCACUGUGGACAUCAAAAACCCAGAGAUCAGCACGGGGCACCGUUUCCAUAGCAACUCUCAGGUGAACAACAUCAUCCACUCCACCUUCAAGAGGGAGAAGAAGGGCAAAGGCAAAAAGAAGAGGCUCACCAAGGCUGACAUCGGCACACCGAGCAACUUCCAGCACAUUGGGCACGUAGGAUGGGAUCCAAACACAGGCUUUGACCUGAAUAACUUGGACCCCGAGCUGAAGAACCUCUUCGACAUGUGCGGCAUCUCCGAGGCUCAGCUCAAGGACAAAGAGACCUCCAAGGUCAUCUAUGACUUCAUUGAGAAGAAGGGUGGAGUGGAAGCUGUCAAAAAUGAGCUGCGCAGACAAGGGCCUCCCUGCAUUGCUCCUCCGCCCCCGCCAUCCAGAGGUGGCCCUCCUCCGCCUCCCCCUCACCAUGGCUCAGCCCCGCCGCCCCCACCUCCCGCCCGCGGGCGCGGCGCCCCGCCGCCCCCGCCGCCCUCCAGAGCCCCCGUCUCUGCCCCGCCGCCCCCGCCUCCGUCCCGGCCAGGCAUGACCGCUCCCCCGCCACCUCCGCCCAGCCGAGGCUCCCUGCCGCCGCCCCCGCCGCCGGCCCACGCCUCUGCACCCGGGCCGCCUCCUCCACUGCCCCCCACAUCUUCCAUUCCUUCCUUCGGGGGAGCACCUCCGCCUCCUCCGCCCCCUCCCGGACCCCCGCCGGUGUCCUUUGAGGCCAACGUAGUGGAUAACGCCCUGGCGCCCGCCGGGGGCAAGUCAGCCUUGCUGAGUCAGAUCCGGGAAGGCACCCAGCUGAAGAAGAUAGAGCAGAAGGAGCGGCCUGUGUCCAACACCACCGGGCGAGACGCGCUCCUGGACCAAAUCCGACAAGGAAUCCAACUCAAACCUAGGGAUGAAACAAAUGACUCACCUCCUUCCUCCCUGGCCCCCUCAGCCGGUAUCGUGGGGGCGCUGAUGGAGGUCAUGCAGAAGAGGAGCAAGGCCAUUCAUUCUUCAGAUGAGGACGACGACGAUGAAGAUGACGAGGACUUUGAAGAUGAGGAUGAAUGGGAGGACUAGUGAUGUUUUCUUUCCCCACCUGUAUUCCCUUCCACACCUUUGGAUGAUUAUGAUGCAAAAAUUGUUCCUUUCGUUCUUAAAAAAGGAAUCUCUAAUUUCAAAUCACAAAAAAAAUGUACAUUUUCUAUCAAUUUGCUGUAUAUUUGUUGUUGCCUUUAUGCUUUUUUUGUAUUCAUCUGUGCAAUACCUCAUUUAAUCUGUCGGACAUUCUCAUCUGUUGUUUUUGUUUCUAUGACAACUGUCUUUUUUUUUUAAACCCUUUUCUGCUUGUUUUGCCUCUCGUCAGACCAUCUGUCACUUGUCAUCGCACAUUCCCUGCAUCCUGUCGCGCUCGCCCUCGUCUUCCCAAAAUAACGUGCAAUUUUGACAUCAAGCUGUCGAUUAUCUUCUGGUCAGUUAUUGGAGGCGAGAGUUGCCACAUGUCUUCCUUUUGUCUCUUCAGUGGCGGGGGAAGAGAAAAAUAUUUUCAUAGCCUAAUUGUGGUUUCUUUUUUCUUACUCUAAUGAUCUUAGUGUAUGUAGCACUCCUAUUUUCUUAAACAAAAACAAAAAAAUUUGGACUAUUUAGCUUGAUCUGCUGUCCUCUGUCAAUGCGCUCCAGAUUUGAGUCUUGAUAUAUUUUUUUGACACAGAAAGAGAAGACUCGCUGCAUGACAACAGGACAUGUUCAGGUCUGUAUAGUCUGUAUCAUACGUGCGCGAACAAUGGAAUUGCGGCGGUGUAUUUGACUGUUAUCGUGCUGUGUACAUUUGCUUAUAAUGCGGUAUCGAUAACUGUUGCAGACUCCUGUUGCAUAAACUGACACAAUAAAAUGUUAUUUUAAUAAGUGAUAUUUUGUGACGCAGUCGUGCCGUGAAUAUCUCAUACCAUUGCAAUCCUUGAGGCAUUUGGACAUAAACCCCCUCCCCAGCGCCCACCUAUUAACAUGAUGCUACAUACAAGUGGAGUUGUAAGUCACAACAGAAUCUUUUUGUUUCUUCAUCUUUUUAUACUUUACAAUAUGAAGCAGAGUAUUGACAAUAUUUGUUGGAAUUGGGUCAUUGUUAAACUUGAGGAAUAAAGACGUUUAGUUUUAA